AUGAGCAAAGCAAGGUCGUCUUGUGCGCAGUCCUGUUUGCGAAAGCCUUACUUAUUAAAGUAUGUUGGACAAUAUGACUGUGGUGAUCCAAAACCAAAGAAGCGCGAUAAGCCGGAAGCGCAUGUCCAGUGGAAUUUGCAAGAAAAUCAAGAAAAGUCAAUUUCCAUUGCGGGCACUGAUGAUCAGUUCGGUGAUCAUUCUGAUUCACCUCCAAAAAGUUCCAAAACUGCAAAGGUUUCAUUUCUUCAGAUGAUUUUUCACACGGCUUCGGAUAGUAUAUCACAGCUAUAG